AUCAAACACUACGCCAAAGAUGAAGAGGGCAAGUACAUUGGCACAGAGAAGCCGUAUCCGGACUGGCAGCUGGUCUUCGUGCCGAACAAGAGCACACCUGAUGAUAUUCUGCAGCAAGUGAAACCAUGCACACCUCGAAGACAUGGAAAUGUAGCUAACGCAAUGGCAGUUGAAUGA